AUGCCGUGUGCAAGCAAAGUGAAUGCCUAUUAUUCACAUUACAACAAAUCCAAAAUUAGACGGCGAUGUAAUGAAGAACUCCGUUUUGUUCCGUAUAUGGUCUAUAAAAGCGGUCCUGCAGAGAUCAGAAACUCACAAAUCAACUUUAUAGUGAAGAGAAACGAAUUGCAGUCUAUCCGUUCGAGCUACAGGUAAGAGGAAAACGAAAAAAUUCUAACAGAAGAAAAAACUGCAACAAAAAAUACCUACCUUUAUCGAAAGCAGACGUUAGAAGAACGCAGAGACUGAUUCUAUUCAUCGACAUGGAAAAAAGCAUCACAAUGAAGGUAUGUGUGGGUUGAUUAUGAAUAAAUGAUGACCAGUAUAUCCUGAUCUUUCGGGAAUAAUACUUUUCUGAAAACUUAGAUCAAGAAAAACCACUAAUUAUUGAGCUAAAUAGGUUUAAAUCGACCAUUUUUUUGUUCAAAUCUCGCACAAAACUAAGAUACUUUAAUAGUAAUUUGCUCUGAAUAUAAUGAGUUUUGAGGUAAUCGCCCACGGCUAUUAGGCGAAAACAUCCUUUGAACUUGAAGCUUGCACCAGAUAGAUUAAAAGCUUUCAUGUAAAUGAUAACUUUCCACGAUGAAGGACAUUUUGUGGUUUAAGACUUAACGGUAGUAUUCUAAAAUCGUGACAAACUGACACAGAAAUAGAAACACUUUUUCUUAGUGGGUAUAACUGUUACGUCCUUUGAGAAUGAGAGUCAGUUUUUUGUUUUGCUCCAGCUCUGAGUUUCCUGUGCCUGGGGUGUUAUCUCCUGAAUCUUUCUCUCCUUGAAGUAGUUUUUGCUUCAGAUUCUUUAAUAAACGUAUUUUACUGAAUUUUGAGAAAAGUUGAAAGUACGAAAAUUAAACAUAUUAACCAAACUUAAAACUUUAUAUAUUUUUUUCCAGUUUGCAGUAUACUUUUUUAUACAAAGUUGGCUUUUCAGUGAAGUUCUGCUUAGCCCUGUUAAGACAGGUCAGCAACCAGACGGUGGGCAUCCUCGCACAGCCGAUACAGCGACCAAUACGUUAUCGAUGGAGUUACUCAAAAAGAAAACAUCAACGUUUGAAGGAUACGACAACACUAACCGUACAAACAUCCGGGACAUUUUAUACCGCCUCAGAGUCAGACGUUCGCAACCUUGCUUGGAGAGAGUACAUUAUAAAUUCAACAGGUGUCUUGGGAGAUACCAAUCCGAAGUUAGCUGUAAGUCAAGCCAUAUUGGAUGUGCUUUACAUCGGGUUCCACCAAAAUGCAAACGAAAUUAUUCAGUGAUGUUCGGAAAAAACAAUGCCUCUUGUUUGGUAGCAACGAGUUGCUCCUGCGCAUGA